AGAGAGUUCUGAGAACUACGUUCAGGGAUGCUGGGACACAUUUAGACUCCCUAUAAUGUUUCUCAUCAUGGUACUAGUGAGGCUGGAAACCCAGAGACUUGAAAGGGCUAUCUUUAAGAACCUAGACCACAAUGAUAUUCAGCUCCAUGUGAAGACUGGGAAAUAAAAUAUUAGUGGCAACAGAAUCCAAGCAGGAUACAGAAGAGAUAGCAGAGAAGAGGAAGAGCAGUCAAAUAUGGAGAAGCCUAUCUUUUUUAAACCGUUAUCUUGAGAGCCAUUCUGUACACAGCAAAAUGCAGCUCAGUGGGAUUGGUGCAGAAGAGCACACAGGCAGAUGUUUUUCCAUCUCCCAGAACCUUGAUAAUGGAAGAAUUUAAUGAGAAGAUAGGCUCCCUUAACAAGAAUUCGCAGACACUUGCUAGGAGAAUGCCUUCUAUCAAUAGCACCCAGUUCCACCCCUCUUUCUUUAUCCUGCUAGGGAUUCCAGGACUGGAAGUUUUUCAUAUAUGGAUUGCUUUCCCAUUCUGUCUUGUGUAUCUGACUUCCCUUGUGGGAAACGUCACCAUUCUGUUUGUGAUCAAGACUGAACACAGCCUUCACCAGCCCAUGUUCUACUUUCUAGCCACAUUGUCAAUGAUUGAUUUGUGUCUAUCCACAUCUACCAUUCCCAAAAUGUUGGGCAUCUUCUGGUUCAAUCUCCAAGAGAUCAGUUUCGGGGGAUGCCUUGCUCAGAUGUUCUUUAUCCACGUGUUUACAGGCAUGGAAACUGUUUUGCUAGUGGUCAUGGCUUAUGACCGCUUUGUUGCCAUCUGCAAACCUCUCCAGUAUACCACGAUCCUCACCAAUAAAACCAUCAGCCUUCUCCUUUCGGUAGUUAUUGGAAGAAAUUUAGUUCUUGUGACUCCAUUUGUGUUUCUCAUCCUGAGAUUGCCCUUCUGUGGGCACCACACCAUGCCUCACACAUACUGCGAGCACAUGGGUCUUGCCCGAUUAGCUUGUGCACCCAUCAAGAUCAACAUCAUCUAUGGACUCGUGGUGAUUUCCCAUAUCCUUGUGGACAUGAUCCUGAUUGCCUCUUCCUAUGUGCUUAUCCUUCAAGCUGUUUUCCGAAUUCCCUCUCAAGAUGCCCGAUUGAAGGCUCUCAACACUUGUGGUUCCCAUGUCUGUAUAAUGCUGUGUUUUUACACACCAGCCUUGUUUUCUUUCAUGACUCACCGCUUUGGCCAAAACAUUCCCCAUUACAUCCACAUCCUUUUAGCUAAUCUAUAUGUAGUUGUCCCACCUGCUCUCAACCCUGUCAUUUAUGGAGUCAGGACCAAGCAGAUCCGAGAGAAAAUUAUAAAAAUAUUUAUACAAAAAGAGUAAUUCCAUGUACAAUUUGUGUAAAUAUAUCCAUAUAUGGCUCAAGGUAUAAUAAUCAGAGUUCUCUUGAAAUUCUUUAGGUAUGGUUUCCAUGCCUAGCACUUUGAUUCAAAUGCUUUAGUAUUAAUAGCUAACAAAAACACCCAGCCUCCCUACCUCCCUCUACAUGUAUAGAUAUGUCUAGAAAGUCAUGGAAAUAAUGCCGAAGGUGGCAAUGUCUUUUGAAUAGAAUCACUUGCAAUAAAGAGGGAAACCUCUUUUCAUUUCUCCAUACAUCUUCUCUUUAGGUAAGUUUACAUAUUGGAGGACAUUGUGACCUAGCAAUAUUUUAUAAAUGCAAGGCUUAGCUCUUGUCUUAAUAGGUAGUGGUUCUUGAAUCAGUACAUCUAGUGCCUUACAGGAUUCUACCCUUUACAAUAAGCCCAGACUUUUCCUUCGUCUCUAAAAUCAUUGAUUCACUUCGAUUAAAUUCUCUACAUCUCCGUACAGUCAUUAUUGCUCCCUCUGUGUUUUUAAUCCUUCUCCACAUACCCCCCUCUUUAUUUUUUCUCCAAUAAACAGGGUCUUAAGGGAUUUAACAAACUACCAUAUGAAUGGUAAGGAAAUCUCAUACCCUUUUCCAAUUUGAUGAAAGUCAUGGUAGGUAUGAGUAUUUGAAUCUGAUUCCAUAGCUCAUUUGCCUUCGUGUACAUAGUACUUCAUAAAAUUUAGAGAAAAAAUAAGGUUAAUUCUAUGGUACAAGCUUUAAAAAAAUUCUGUAAAAUUUCUUAAUGCUAUGAAUUUUGAAUAUUUGCUCAUAUUUGAAAAUUCAGAAUAUGGAUGAGGAAUGAGGUUUUGUUUAAAUUACCACUGAGAUGAAGUUCAUGACUGACUAGUAAAUUCUUGCUUUAAAUCAG